UCCUCGCUCAGUCCCUCCCCAUCUUUGCUGUCCAGUCAUUUUGGCUCUUCCCACGCGGUCCGAACGACCCCAUCAGUCUUGGCCUCAAACCCCACAAUUCUCACCAUAAAACCCCCAUGAGCCACAACAAUGCGGUUCAUUCCACCUCCACGUGUUACAGGCCAAGCACUAGCGAGGAUGCCAGAAAGUUCCCAGGCCAGGCUAUUCCAGCUUCCCCUUUGGUGCUCGUUCAUUUAGACCUGAAAGGUGCUCCCCCAAAAGUCUCGUACUUGGCUCAGGUCCUACCUCUCUUUUCAGCUCUGGGAGCAAAAGGGCUGCUUAUAGAAUAUGAAGACACAUUUCCUUACUAUGGAGAGCUCUUACCUCUUAGGGCACCACACGCUUACAGCCCUCAAGAAAUCAGAGAGAUAUUGAGAUUGGCACAUUGCUUUAAUUUAGAAGUCAUUCCCCUGGUGCAAACAUUUGGGCACAUGGAGUUCGUACUGAAGCACGGGGUAUUCUCUCACCUGAGAGAGGUUGAGGGCUUUACAAACACCCUGAACCCACACAAAGAACAAUCUCUGCAGCUGGUUCAAGCCAUGAUUGGCCAAGUGAUGGAGUUACACCCUGAUGCCCGCUGGCUGCACAUUGGCUCUGAUGAGGUGUAUUUCCUCGGAGAGGGCAGAGAGUCCAAGGAAAUCAUAGCCAAUACCCAAAUCACAGUACAGGAAAUCUUUUUACACCAUCUGAAGGCUGUGACUUCACACGUGGCCUCAGCUUACUCAGGGGUCCGACCCAUAGCUUGGGAUGACAUGCUUCGUGAUGCUAACGAACAAGUGCUGACAGAGUCAGGUGUGACACAUCUGUUGGAACUGAUGAUAUGGGACUACAGUCCAGACCUGGACAUUGACAAAAAAGUUGCUAUGGUGGCUAAAUACAAGCAGUGCGGUUUCCAGAAGUUAUGGUUCGCAAGUGCUUUCAAGGGGGCCACUGGAGUCAAGGAACAGCUCACCAGUAUCAAUCAUCACCUUGGAAACAACAACCAGUGGCUAAAAGUGGCAGCAAAGAUACCACAGGAGUUGCUACAGGGAAUAGCGCUAACAGGCUGGCAGAGGUACGACCACUUCUCAGUUCUGUGUGAGCUUCUGCCUGUGGCUAUUCCUUGUGUGGCCGUGUGCCUGCAGUUUCUGAAGCAUGGUGAAUAUUCUGACCAGGUGAUAGAGCAAGUCAAAAGCUUUCUGGGAAUGACAGAACUGGAAAAUUUGGGAAGCAUCUCAAGUGGCUCAUUCCCGGGCAACAAGGUCCUCUCCCUUGUCACUCAGCUCAUCUGUAACUUAAGGCCAGAACUGAAGGAGUUACUGGAAGAGAACAAGUUUGUUGGCGGCUGGUUUAGCCCAUACCACAGGAGGACAAAUGUAAUUAACCCUGUAAUGGUGCAGGAGAUCCAGCCAGCCACCAUGAGCCUCAUGUCCCGAUGGCAGACACUACACGAAGAACUGCAAAACGAGCUGCUGCAAAUCUAUCCCUCUAGCACGGUAGUAGAAUGGAUGGAGGUGAAUGUCCUACCCUGGUACCUCCAGAUUAAGAAACUGUGUGAAGAUUUAAAUGCUGCGCUGCAGAAUCCCCUGUAGCAUCCUUGCUUCAUAAUCACAUAAUGCCUUCUUAUGUUAAUUCCACGCUACAUCCGAUUGGGAGAGAAAAGGGCCGAGUCACAUGACUUGUUAGGGGUUUCUUUGUAUUUAAAAUCAAGGCAACAAAGAGUAGCAUAAAUGAGGCCCUAAAGCCUUUGCACUAGUACCUGUAGCAGGAGGCCCAUAUGUUCUUCAGUCAAGCCCUCUCUUCCGGCAUUUGCACUUUAAUUCUAUGUCCCUCUUCUGGUUUUAUUUUAUUUAUAUUGUAUGCAUGGAUAACUUUAUUUGUAAAGUGCUGUUAAGGAGCCGCAGUGCAGUGCAGUACAAUAUAUAAAAGUACACAAAUAUUGUUGAUUUUUAGUUAAAGUCCCCAUUAUAAACUGUGGAUUACAAUGUGAAUGCUGUUAUUGCUCAGCAAUAUGUCCAACUAGCUUUUUUUUUUUUCUUUUUCAAGAUCUGAAAUAAUUUUAUACUUUGUAUAUUUUGCGUUCCAUAACGGACACUUUUGUGUUCAAGUAAUGAACCAGCUUUUUAUAUGCUAAAACCCCUCUGUGGGUUGCAGUAUCUUUGGUUUGAAUUCUGAAUGCCUCUUUUAUUUUAAUCACCUGCACGACAUGAGUAUUAUAUGCAUUUUAAGAGGCCACAGGGACGACUCAAAUACUUGUACAGACCUCAUUGGGCGAAAUACCCGAUGAAGGCCUUCGUAGUGCUGAAACAUAGUCACCGGAGUUUAUAGCACUAGUUAAGGUUAUGUAUGAUUUUUGUAUGCUGUUGAAUAAAGAUUUAUAUUGUUGAAUAAGA